GUGAAACCUCCUCGAAGAAGAAGUAAUGAGGUGGACGUCAGCAGUCACAAGACCACAACAGAGUAGAUCACUCUGGCUCGCUCCCCCAGUCGCAGAUGUGUAUAAUGUGGGCUGUUCUACAGGCACGAUGGCUAUGACAAACUUGGAACGUCUCUUGGGAUCUGGGUGUGUGAUCUCCUUUGAAUUACUGCACAGGCGUCACUAAAUUUGCAAGAACUCUCCAGACUAAAGAAUACACGUCUCGUCUGGAGGCGUUAUCACAUCAGCUUGCGCGCGGCUUUGUCUGUGCGUGGCUAAUGUUAUUGUCAGGCUAUCUAGCUGACUAGUCCAAGCAUCACAGUAGAACGCUAGCAAGACAAUAUUGUGUGGUUACGUCGGCGCUAAACUAGCUAGCUUGGCGCAUUAGUACGAGUUAGUGUGUAUGUGAUGUUCUCCGUACUUUCGUACGGUAGACUUGUUGCCAGAGCUGUUAUUGGCGGACUCUCUCAAACGGAUAGCGGUGACUACAGCCUGGUAACGGCUAGAUGUGGGUUUGGGAAGGAUUUUCGAAAAGGUAUCUUGAAGAAAGGGAUGUGCUAUGGCGACGACGCUUGCUUUAUUGCCCGACAUAGAUCUGCCGAUGUUUUGGGCGUUGCAGAUGGAGUGGGGGGUUGGAGAGACUACGGGGUGGACCCAUCCCAGUUUUCAGGGACCCUGAUGAAGACGUGUGAGCGGCUGGUAAAGGAGGGGCGCUUUGUUCCAGGCAACCCUGUGGGCGUCCUCACAAGCAGCUACUACGAGCUCCUACAGAACAAAGUGCCUCUGCUAGGCAGCAGCACGGCCUGUAUCGUGGUGCUGGACCGGCAGAGUCACAGGCUGCACACAGCCAACCUGGGAGACUCUGGCUUCCUAGUGGUGCGGGGAGGAGAGGUAGUGCACCGCUCCGAUGAACAGCAGCAUUACUUCAACACCCCCUUCCAGCUCUCUAUCGCCCCGCCUGAGGCAGAGGGGGCUGUCCUCAGUGACAGUCCUGAUGCUGCAGACAGCUCCUCCUUUGACGUCCAGUUGGGGGACAUCAUUCUCACAGCCACAGAUGGCCUCUUCGAUAACAUGCCCGAACACAUGAUCCUACAGGAGUUGAAAAAACUGAAGAACACUAACUAUGAGAGUAUCCAGCAGACAGCCAGGAGCAUUGCAGAGCAGGCCCAUGUUCUGGCAUACAACCCCAACUACAUGUCACCUUUUGCACAGUUUGCCUGUGACAAUGGGCUGAAUGUAAGAGGAGGAAAGCCAGAUGACAUCACUGUGUUGCUGUCAAUAGUGGCAGAGUACCCAAACUAGAGAUUGUAUGGAGGCUGGUAUGGGAAUUAGGAGUUUCCUCUUGUCUGCCUCUUGAAGAUGUUAGACUGCUUUAGUUCCUGCUGGCGGGGAUUAAGGACUGAUGUUGGUGGCUGAGCUGCCCUCCUGAGACCAUCAUUCCUCCAGGAUUCAAUCAGGCCCAUCUCUCAGAUGGAACACUGACAAUACAUGCACUGACUUCACCAUCAGAACUGAGUGUUAAUCUUUAAUAGACUGAAGACAUGGAUGAAUAAAGCAGAGGGUUGUCUGACACAUCUGCUAGGCUACCUGCUGCAAAGUAUCGAUCUUGGAAAGUCUCUAGUUGUCUUUGACCUAAUCCCUGUUCAAUGGGAUAAAGGAUGUAGUCGUGUUGAAGAUGAAGCUCUGGCUCUCACAUGAGGAACAAGUCUGUUAUUUUGGGAUUUGGGCUGUAAAACAAAGCCCAGAGGGUAGAGAUUAAGAAUCUGGGUCAGUAGUAGCCAGUGAAAAGUUGAUUGGGUCAGGAAUGAGAAUCUAUGGAUCGUACAUGUGAGUGUUCCAUCAUGAGCUGAGCUGAUUUGAAGACCGUAAGUAACAUCAGAAUACGAUACUGAAAGAGAGCGGCUCUCCAGUUAGACUGGUCCAUGACUCGCUGACCCCUGUCCCGGUCAGAGGAAUAAGGCAACCUCAAGAGUUAUCUACAAUAGAGAACUUUAGUUCAAGAGGACAUAUGAGAUGGAUGUGGUUCUGUACAGAGACGAGAGAUUAAUGAAUAUACUGUACAUAAUAAACAUUGCAUAAGAAUAAAAGGAGUAAUAGCACAAGCAAUAAUAAUAUUGACUGUAUAAGGAGAUGGUGACAUAAGCAAAGGACUUGUAUAACACAGAAUCCAUUAUAACAACAAGCAAUAGUAACAGUAAAUCUUCAAGGUUCAAUAUCAUCACUCACCACUGUCCACACACUCAUCACUCUUGUCCACUUGGAGAGAGACUGAAGAGGCUCUGACCUGAGCAGGCAGGACUGUCAGGUGUCCUGCCCUCUAGCAACAUAUUGGUGAUCUAGUAGCAGAGGUCACUGGGUUUGGGGAUCCCUUAGUCUCUCUGGCACCAGCAGGGAUUGGUAGAGUGAGCUGCAUAAAGUUAGAAAACUCACAGGCAGGAGAAUCCUUAAGAUCUACCAUCAAGUCUGAAUAAUAAGGCCUCGAAAAACAACUUUCAGUGACUCUGAUUAAACAAAUCAAAUUAAUAAUAAAUUAUAUUGAAGGGCAAACAUUUUUACGUAGGCAUAAGGGCAUGUGUCUAUGUGAUGUGAAUGAAUGUUGUUGAAAUGUUUUGGUAUAUUUUUGGACAAGUGACAUUAAGUUGUUUGACUGAUCUAAUGGAUUGUAUGAAGACCAGGUGCCGUUGCUGCAUAUCAGUUUCUGACUGUUCACUGGAAGCGCUACUUUGUCCCAGGCCUACUGUUUUCAACUCUUUCUCUCACUCUCAACCUCAAUGCUCUGCUAUGAAAAGCCAACUGAUAUUUACUCACAAGGUGUUCUACUGUUGCACCCUCUAUAACCACUUUGGUUAUGACUCUGCUGGUCAUCU